CAAAAAGGCAAGAGAGAACACAGAGGUUUGCCAAAGAAGGAGGCCAUUAAUGGUGUCAAAGAUGUUAUUGUGGUUGCAUCUGAAGGAGGAGUAGGAAAGUCAACUUGUGCUGUUAAUUUAGCUGUUGCACUUUCUACUAUCAAUAAAGAGAAAAAUAUUGGUUUGCUCGACUGUGAUAUUUAUGGUCCUUCAAUACCAAUUAUGAUGAACCUGUCUGGUGAACCAACACUCAAUAAAGAUGACAAGAUGGAACCAUUGAGAAAUUAUGGUAUUUCCUGUAUGUCUAUGGGGUUUUUGGUUGAUCAAAGAUCACCAAUAAUUUGGCGUGGAUUGAUGGUCAUGUCUGCUUUACAACAGUUACUUCGCCAAGUAAACUGGGGACUGUUGGAUGUUCUUGUGGUUGACAUGCCUCCAGGAACUGGAGAUACUCAUCUUUCAUUAUCACAAACUGUACCUAUUACAGGAGCAAUCAUUGUGACAACACCACAAAAUGUCGCAUUGGCAGACGUCAUCAAAGGUGUUGAAAUGUUCAACAAAGUUCAUGUUCCUGUUUUUGGUAUUAUAGAAAACAUGAGUUAUUAUGUUUGUCCAAAGUGCAACCAUAAGGAAUAUAUUUUUGGUAAAGAUGGAGUUAAGCCACUGGCUCAACAAAUGAACUUGGAUGUACUUGGUAAAAUACCUCUCCAUACAACAAUCUGUGAAACAUCUGACAAAGGCACUCCAGUUGUACUAUGUAGUCCAGAGAGUGCACAGGUAAUUUAUGUCAUUUCUGGGAUCAGAAUGACAUUAAAGAAUGUUGAUUAUUUGUGUUCAAUACUUCUGCAUAAAUCUUCUAUUUCAUAGGCAAAAUCAUACAAGAAAUUGCCUCAAAAGUUGCAUUAAAACUACAAUGGUGAACAUUAUCAUAAAGGUCAUUGAACGUUCAUGGAUAAUGAUGGAUUAGUAAGCUUGUUGUAUUCUGCUUAAAUGCAAAAGAUGAUUUGGUUGGACCAGACUUUAGUCACUUGCAUGGGCAUUGCAUUUUGGAUAUACGUGUAUCUGUAUUCUAAAUUACGAAAUAUAAUGAUUGUAGUUUUGUGUGCUACUGUAACUCUUCAA